AUGGUUUUCGCCCACUUGCUCGCCGCCGCUCUGGCUCUCCCCGCCGUUCGCGCAGCCGUCCCCUCGAUUCCCGGAUUCUCUCUCACCUGGUCCGACGACUUUGUCGGCACGGCCAACAGCCUGCCCAACCCCUCCAACUGGAUCAUCGACACAGGCACCGGGUACCCAGGCGGUCCUCCCCAGUGGGGAACCUGGGAGAUCCAGUCCUACACCAGCAGCCCCGCCAACCUCAAGCUCAACGGUAACGGCGCUCUUCAGAUCACGGCUCUGAAGAACAGUGCUGGGCAGUGGACGUCGGCACGCAUCGAGUCACAGCGUUCCGACUUCGUUGCGCGCCCUGGUGGUCGUAUGCGCAUCCAGGCAAGCCUGAACCUACCCGUCGUCGGGUCGAACGGCAUUGGCUAUUGGCCUGCCUUCUGGACCCUCGGCCGCGCCUACCGUGGCAACUACCAGUACGUUUUUUUCAUCCUGCUCUUUGCGCCGCCACCUUUCAUCCUGUGCCAUGAGCUGACAGCAGACAGAAACUGGCCGUCCGUUGGCGAGUUUGAUAUUAUGGAGAACGUGAACGGUAUUGACCGCGUCUGGGGCGUGAUGCAUUGCGGCACCAACCCCGGCGGCCCCUGCCGUGAGACCGACGGCCUCGUCGGCAGCCGGCAGUGCCCCAACAGCCCCUGCCAGGGCAACUACCACACCUACACCCUCGAGGUUGACCGUACGCAGGCCCUCGAGGCUGUGCGGUGGUUCGUUGAUGGCAUUCUCUUCUGGCAGAUCGUCUCGACCGACCUGCCGGCCGAUGUGUGGGCGCAGAGCGUGCACAACCCGCACUUUAUCCUGCUGAACCUGGCCAUCGGCGGAGCCUUCCCUAACAACAACUUCGGCAGCCAGACGCCGCUUGCGAACACCAUCUCUGGGGGCACGCUGCAGGCAGAGUACAUUGCUGUCUACAAUAGCUAG